CUGACAGACUCAUCACCUAUCUAUAUGAUACACAUUCUAAACUCAGUUUCCUCUUUGCAUGAGCAUGCAGAAGGAAGCUGAGCUAAAUGAGAAGUACAGACAGCUGCUGUACAUAGAAGCUCAGUGACCAGCUUGUUUACAAGUGGAUUUCAAAUGGAGUCUCCAGUUACACAAAUUCUUAAAACUACAACACCUCUAACGAACUUCACCGCUGCCCGAUAUGACAUCAUAAACAUAAAUAACAGAUCACAAGAUUCCUGCAAAUUUUCAAAGGUUCCAGCUCACCCUGUUUUUAUAUUUGCAUACUCACUAGUGUUUCUCGUCAGUCUGGUGCUGAAUUGCAUCACAAUGAGAGUGUAUUUCUGCAUGAAUCAGCGCAGCCAGUCCAGCGUCACAGUCUACCUGAAGAACCUAGCCGCAGCGGACUUCUUCCUUUGUCUUUGUUUACCUUUGCGCAUUGCUAACUAUGCCAACUAUUCAGUGACAAUGCGCAAUAUAUACUGCAGUUUUGGAGCGACAGCAUUCUAUUUAAACACAUAUGCAAGCAUUCUAUUCAUGGACUUUAUUGCUGCCAACAGGUACCUGAAGAUUGUCCGGCCAUUGGAGACUCAUGCUCUGCAGACAGUUCGUAUUGCCCACCACAUAUCCGUAGCAACGUGGCUCUCCUUGUUAGUCAUGGCCUCCAUCUACUUAAUCCUCUUUCUCAAGACUUCCUGGGGAGACAUUCAAAUGCCAGGGGAAAUUGGCUGUGAUUCCUUACACAGUCCCCAGCUCAGGGUGGUCUACAAAAUCACACACUCUGUGUCCAUGGUACUCUUUGUUUUUGUGCUGGUUUCUCUGAUUCUGCUGUACUGUCGGACUUUGCAAAAGAUCAGACAAGCUCAGUUGUCUACACAGGUUACAUCCAGAAGCUCUAAGUUCAACAGGUCUAAACGUAACAUGCUAGUGCUAGUGGUCGUUUUCUGUGUGUGCUUUGUGCCCUAUCACCUGGUGAGAUUGCCUUAUGCGUUCAUCAAAAAAACACAGAAGGAACAUUGUACAACAGCCCAGGCAUUCUAUAUCCUGAAGGAGUUGACUGUCCUGCUUUCAGUGCUAAAUGCCUGUUUGGAUCCACUUAUAUACUUUAUCUUCUGCAAGGCCUUCAGAGCCCAGCUGAGUCUCAAGAAGAAGAAAGAUAAAGGACAGCAAAGGCGACUGAGCACCAUGUUGAGCAAUACUGAAACAAAGGUGUCCACGUUAAGACGUGAAAGUAUGAUUUAAUUAAAUAUAUAGCAGAAUUAUAUUUUUUCCUACUAAACUGCAAUGAAACAAAGUGUAUGAUUUAGAUGAAUGCUCAUUAAGACACAAUAUAAUUUCCUUCAGUAGAAAGGCUUCAAGGCUCUUGAAAUUUAUUUUGAAGUUCCUUGAGUACACACAUAGGAAAAUCGAUGAUCCUUUAAAGGGUGUCUGGAGGAUCUCCAGAUGAUUCAGCCGGUGUUGCGUUUGACACCCAUAUCAUGCCUUGAGUAUCUGUAAAUUUUUACAUUAAGUUUUUCAAUUGUUUUUACUAUCACUUGAUUACAGUGGAAAAAUAUAAAUAUCUAAUACUGACCUCAUAGCAAGAGAUUAAUUUUAAAGACUCAACACACCAUAUGAAACCACAACAUUUAGCCUAUCUCAAGCUCAACUGUGGCCUUUUCUGCCUAUCCUAUUUGUUGUUGUGGAUGUAUUGUUGUUGUUGUUUUGUUUUUUCACAAUGUACAGUUACAUUAUAGGAAAUAUAUAAUUGAAAAGAGCAUGAAACAGUUGAGCUAAGGUAAAUUGUCUGCCUAGUGAAAUUCAGCAUAGCUGUAUAAAAAUAUAUCUAUAAGCUUAUAUAUGACUUUUUUUGUGUACUUCUAAUGGUACUACUUGAUUAGUGGAAAUAUUUAUCCUGGUCUGUAAAAUAUAUAGCAUUUGAAGUUAAUAAUAGCAUAAUUACAAAAUAAAGUUAUAUUAGCAUAAAGGAUAUGUUUUAUUGUUAGUUGUUUAUUGGUAUUUCAUUUGGAAAAUUAAUUUCAAAGAUAUUUUGUAGCAUGUAGCAUAAAUAAAGCAUUAUAUUAAAAUU